UAAAACCUGACCCAUGCUCGGAAUCGAUUACCCGUUUACAUACGGUGCAAUUUCGGCAGCUCAUACUCGCAUCGAGCUCAAUCUUUGGGAGGAUUCGCGGGUGCUUUACGAUCGAAUAUGUUACUUUACGAUGGAGGCGCUCUGCUUAUGCCGCACAUACACGUGUACGAACGAGGAGGUCUUCACUGCGGCGCAUACGAUCGUUUGGCUUUGCAUUCAUGGCACUCGGUGCACCAAUGAAGGAUAUACUCAUCCCGUUCUUUUUGCUUUAGUGAAGACCAUUCCCGUUGCUAUUUGCCGAUAGCGUUGAGUCUUACUCAAAUGACAAAGCUAACAGCGGCCGUUGAGGAAUGAUCCGAGCAUAAAGUCACUCAACAUGAUGAUUUCAAGCAAUUUCCAACCACCAAAACCACCAAAACCACCAAAACCAUGAAUGACAUUUGAUCUUUUAUCAUUUGUCUCCAGAUUGAACGGAAAAAAUACUCGGCAAUUGCAUCUGAGGUUCACGUCUCUACUGACGCCUCUCACGUUCACUAGUCCGAUUUCAGCCAUGCCUUCAUUCGCAACGUCAAGACUUUGACGUUUCUGUAAUUGCCUAGAAGUAUGAGAAUGGUAACCCAAUCGAAUUACGGCAUGAUAUUGUGGCAUGUGCUUGUUCACCGUCGCUUAUCAUCAUACCUCAUAUAAUGCUCCCUCCCUCAAGCAACGGGUAGUGUAAAAUCCACGGUUUGCUUCUCUAUCUCCCUUCCAUAUCGUCCUAACACCAUACUCUACACCGCAUAUAGUGGACUCUCCUACAGCAGUGCUACCUCUAUACACAAUCCACGUCUUGCACCUUCGUCGUUGGACCCGAAUCUUUUUCAACAUUGAUGUGCUCCACAAUAUUGGCUUUCUACUCCGCACUUGGUAAAUUACUAUCAAAGGCCUCUCCUGUCAUUAUUUAUGCUCGGUUGUAAAUCGAAACCUAUCAUUAAAUCUCACCUUACUGUUCUCUGCCUACAUAUCACACCACGAACAAAAUGAUCGCCGAUACGCUUUUGAAUUUGACCAUUCGGCAUUGGCCUUCAUUGUUGAUUGUUACAAUUGCCAUCUAUCUUGCUACGAACCGGUUCAAUCGUGGCCUGAACAAAUAUCCAGGUCCGACUCUUGCUUCCUUCACAGAUUGGUGGAGGUUCUAUGAUGUGUAUAAGCGUCGUCCUGAAGUCACACAUCAAAAGCUACAUGCUAAGCAUGGAGAUAUCGUCCGUCUUGGGCCCAAUACCCUCUCCUUUGCAGACCCAAAAGCUUUGAAAACUAUUUAUGGAUUGAACAAAGGCUUUGUAAAGUCCGCAUUCUACCCUGUUCAGCAAUCUGUAUCCAAUGGCCAUGCACUCCCAUCACUUUUUAGCACUACAUCCGAACCAUUUCAUGCACAACUCAGACGUUCAGUCAAUGCUGCAUUUAGCAUGUCAUCUCUUGUACAAUACGAGCCACUCGUCACUCGUACGACUGAAAUCUUCUUGUCUCGUACUGCCGAUCUUUUUACUUCACCAAGUAGCCAAUCUUCUUGUGAUUUUGCAAAAUGGCUACAGUUUUAUGCUUUUGAUGUCAUUGGUGAAAUGACCUAUUCAAAACGUCAUGGUUUCCUUGAAGAAAAUCGAGAUGUCGAUGGUAUAAUAUCUUACCUAGCAAAGCUCUUCGACUAUGUUGCCCCCAUCGGUCAAAUGCCGAUUCUCGAUCGGUUCUUCCUCAAGAAUCCUAUUUACCUACUCGCUGCGAAACAUGGCCUUGUAGAUGCCACAUUUCCUGUUGCCAAAUUCGCAGUACAACGUGUGCGAGAAAGAUACUCAAAAACAGACGGAAAUGAGACAUUACCUACUUUUAACGCAGAAGUCAAAACAAAAAAUUCACAACCAGAUUUAUUGUCGAAAUUUAUACAAGCAAAACACGACAGACCUGAGUUCAUGACAGAUCAACUCGUUAUGACGAUGGCUGUUUCCAUGGCAUUUGCGGGAUCAGAUACCACGGCGAUUUCUCUUAGUGCUGUGUUCUAUUAUUUGUUAAAGAACGAAGGCUGUAUGCAAAAGCUGAUGCGCGAACUUGAUGAGAAGGCCAGGGAAGGAUAUUUUGCGGACGGAGAAACGGGCUUAGUUAGUUGGGCAGAAAGUCAAGGACUACCCUAUCUGGACGCUUGUAUCAAAGAAGCUUUCCGCUUACAUCCAGCACCGGGCCUACCGCUCGAGAGAGUGGUACCAGAACAAGGGAUAGAGAUUGCGGGGGAGUGGGUGAAGGGUGGUACCAUUGUAGGUUGUAGUGCGUGGGUGAUUCAUCACAGGAGAGAAAUAUUUGGAGAUGAUGUAGAGGUUUUCAAGCCGGAAAGAUGGUUGAUAGACGAGGGAUUGGAUAGGGAAAGAGAGGAGAAAAGAAUCAAGGAGAUGAAUGGAGCGAUGUUGAUGUUUGGAAUGGGCGCGAGGUCUUGCAUUGGAAGGAAUAUCAGUCUUUUGGAGAUUUAUAAGUUGGUGCCGAGUUUCUUGAGGAGGUUUGAGAUCGCACUUGAACAUCCCGAGCAAGAAUGGACCUUGCGCAAUUCCUGGUUCGUACGUCAACUAGAUUUCCGAACCACGUUCCGCAAUCGAGAGCUCGUGCAGCCUUGCGCGUAGGUUUCUGAUAAUAUAUUAUACGUAAUUCGUACACACACUUGGCAGUGGAACAUAGACGUUUGAGUGAUAUAAUAUCCUUUUGAGCGUUUUGUACCAGAAGUGUCAGGUACGGUACCUGCAUACAUGAAUUGCUGGAACUUUAAUUUUAAAUUUUAAAUGAAAUAACAAGUUGGAAUCACCAAAAAUGAAAUUCCGUACAUCACAAGAUGAAUGCGGAAGAAAGUAGGAAAUUAUCAAGGAAAUAGUCUUCAGUUGACCUAGAUUAUUUUCAGGUCCAUAGACCUAUUGGCCUACCUUACCGACUACCCAAUUGUCACUAGCCAAUUGUCCAUAUGAGAACGAAAACGUUGAAGAGUGAUUUCUCAUCAGUAUUCAUCGACCCGAGACACUUGCGUUACAUCCAAAUGAAUCAGGUCAGGUAGAUAGCCAACACGUGACUGCGGCACAGCUGCAGGUACCCCGCCAAUCCUUCCCAGCCCAUUUGUCAAUAUGACACUGGCGUAAGCCCAACCUCGUCUUACAUUUCGUUUGUAUUUGUACAACAUCGUAUUUUUGUUGGUAUGACAGAGACGGUGUGGUGCUGUACCAGGUGUUGCGAGAGAGCGUGGUUAUGAUGGAUUGGUUAUGUGAUGCGCUGGUGUUGGAGAUGGAGAUGGAGAUGGGAUUGUUUACCUGGUAGUUAUUCAUAGCUACCUACCCAGGUGCGUCUAAGUAGAAGGUGGGAGGGCGUCUUUUUCGUGGCUGUGCAUGUGACUUGACUUUCUUUUUUCUUUUGGAUUCAAAAAUAGAAAUUUCUUUACUGUCUGAUAAAUUCAAGUUUAUGGCAUUCAUGCAUAUGAGUACCUACCUAUCCAAAGGAAAUAAUAUUUACUGCGGAUAUU